AUGUGGGGACCCGGGGUCACGGCCGAGGGCCUGUCGGUGGCGCCGGCGCCGCCACCGCUGCUGCUGCUGCUGCUACUGCUGGCGCUGGCGCUGGUGGCGCCCUCGCGGGGCGGCGGGGGCUGCGCGGAGCUGGCGUGCGGCGAGCGGGAGCGCUGCUGCGACGCGGCCAACGCCACCGCGGUGCGCUGCUGCAAGCUGCCGCUGCACGCUUUCCUCGACAACGUGGGCUGGUUCGUCCGCAAGCUCUCCGGGCUACUCAUCCUGCUGGUGCUCUUCGCCAUCGGCUACUUCUUGCAGCGCAUCAUUUGCCCCAGCCCACGCAGGUACCCGCGCGGGCAGGCGCGGCCGGGGCCACCGGGGGGCGCCGGGCAGCCGGGGGCCGCGGGGCCGCCCGACGACGACGACGACGACUCGCCCGCGCUGCUGCGGGACGAGGCGGCCGCCGGCUCUCAAGACUCGCUGCUGGACAGUGGAGGCGGUGGCCGGGGCCGGGCAGGCGGCGGGCGCUUGGCCCCUUCCUGCGCCUCGGAGCACGAGCUGCGCGUAGUCUCGCCGGUCUUCCUGCAGCUGCCCAGCUACGAGGAGGUCAAGUACCUGCCAACCUACGAGGAGUCCAUGCGGCUGCAGCAGUUCAGUCCCGGGGAGGUCGUGUUGCCCGUGUCGGUGCUCGGCCGCCCGCGAGGUGGAGGCGCCGGGGAGUCCGACGGCGGCGCCGAGCGCCGCUUCCCGCUCAUCUGAGCGCCCGGGGCCUUGCGAGGACCACGCGGACAGAACCAGGCCGGGGGCUACGGGUGGGACGCAAGGCCGGGGUGGCCGCGGCCGCCGCCGCCAGUUGCCUCAGACCCCGCCUGUCGCCCGGAGACUGGGUUGGGGCCAUCCCCACCCCCGCCUCCCCCGGGAUGUUAAGUUUCCCUACGUUUCAUUCGGUUCAAGGAAACGUUAGGCAAGCGCGGCGGGGGCGACAGCAGCAGACGAGGCCAGAGCGCAACUUUGGAGAACGUCCCCGCCCUAAGCCUCGCCUCGGCUUGAGUUCACUUGUAAGUGCCUGCUUCCCGAAUCAGAGAACAUAUGAGCUUCGGGGGAAGGGCAGUAACCUUUAGGGAUGAAGCGAGAGGGACGCAGUUGCACUCCUUUCCCUCUCGCCUGGACAGGUCAAGGUCUCCCAGCAUGGGCGGAGGGCGAGGAGGUGAGCCAUGACUGGAGACUGAUGCGCGCGGGUCUGGGAGAGCAGCACCUAGGUAUGGUCGAAUCCCUCCCUUGCGGAGAACCCAAGAAAACCCUUCCGUGUCUUCCUGGCCAAGCACAGUCACAGUUCACAGAUUGGUGGGGGGAGAGCCGUGAUAUCCGGUUAGUUGCCGUACUUAUGCAGCAAUUACGCGUAUCCAGGACCAUACUCGUAAUAAGGUACAGUUGAACUUUUGAUUUUUCAAUAACUGAGAAGAUAUUUAUAUUUAUUUGUCCUUUAUUUUUAUAUUUUUACCAUGUAUUAAAUAAACGCAUUCGGAGGGUAUCUCCACAGUUAAUGACAAGAUAAUCAUCUUAGCACCUUUUUUAGGCCUUAAUGGCCCAGAAAUUGUCUACACUGUAUCAUUACUGUUUAAUAAAAUGUUGGACAUUAUUUCAUUUACAAUGGGAAAAAGAAGAGGCAUGGUCAAACGAGAAAACAUAUGUGAUUAAAAACAUGAAGGAUACCUUAUUUUCACUAUUUAAGAAGAAUAUAUUUUAUUUUUAGUACUGUGGCAUAAUAUAUAACUUUUUAUAAUAACCAUACAUUAUGUAUGUAGUCAAGGUCAUAGUUAUAUGUAAAAAGCAUUGAUACAUGUAUGCCAUACCACGAAGCAUGAUGUCACGCACUUUUCCCUCCAUUUUCCAUUUGGAAUACACUUCACAACAUUAUGCGAAGAAUAAUUUGUUGUGACUUGUGACUUUUGUUUAAAGCCAUAAUUGUGCAGUAAGGUACUACAGAAGGAUUCAACCUAUCUAAAGAAAAAAACGUGUCGUUGUAUCAGUUCUACCAUUCUGUGAAAUGUCCUUUAAGCAAAUGGUAAUAUAAAGUAAUAUAUUAAAAUGCAUUAUGUAUAAUGUACAUAUGCAUAUCGUCUGUGUACAGUAAACACAUUGUAUAUCAUAUAAUUAUUCCAGUUUGUGAUUAUCAAGAAAGAAAAAGAAGGAAAACAAAUACAAAAGGUCUCUCUUGGGGAAGGAUGAGUAUUACACUGAGAAAAAUUACACAGUGGACCUCACACGUGUAUCUAGACAAGUUGUUCUUAUGAUUGAAAAGUUCUGACAAUCCUGAGAAAUCUUAAAAUAUCUGAAUUGUAUUAGAAGAAAAUGAUUUGAUUACUUUAAACUUUUUAAAGCUGAUUGAAAAAGCCUGACAGUUCUAAGAAAUCUUAAGAUGUCUGAAUUGUAAGAGAAGAGAAUGGUUUACUCUAAACUUCUAAAAGCUAAUGACCCUGUCAUUAAAGAGAACCAUUUGAAGUGUAUUAAAACAGAAAACAUUAAAAUCUUUCUCUGUGCAAACUGUAUUAGAUGUGUGACUAUAUGGUAAUGUAUUAAAAUAUGAAAUGUGUGUCUUUAUCAUUUAAAAGCAAUUUUAAGCUGUGAAUUGGCGAAAGCAUCAGCAGUUGAGACUAUAUCAACUUUUUUGAGAAUGGUACAGGAUUUAAUGAAAUCACAUUAUAUUGAAUAAUCACAAAUGUUAAUGUUACUCAAACACUACAUUUUA